AUGGUUGUGGCCAUGCUGCGCUUCCUUUGCCGUAAAUCCCACACCACCACCACGGCUGACAUCAAGGCGCCAACACGCGUCCCUGAGUACGGAAUUCGGAAGAGGCGGCAGCAGGACCUCGUGACAGAGCAUUUCCAUACAGACACGAUAGACACGCUGUUGUCCUUUCCGAGGGCUGUCGAGACAAAGAACCGUGACCUGGGCGCCUUAGAACGUCGGGAAUGUAUUGUCUCACCCUUCUGGCGGCCAGAAGUCCCAAUCAAGAGAGGGUCCUUCCUGCUGAAGAACCACACCUGCCGCUCCCGCCCCUUCCCCAGGACCUGGGACCUGAGGCAGCUGCAGGUGUGGGAGCGCCCCGUGGCCCUGGAGGCUGAGCUGGCCCUGACUCUGCGGGUGCUGGCUAACUCGUCCCUGGGGGACGUCCUGGACCGGCCCCUUGGCACGCUGAGCCACAUCCACUCUGAACUGCAGGCCUGUGUGGCUGCUCAGCCCACAGCGGGUCCCAGGCCCCAGGGCCGCCUCCUCCAGUGGCUGCACCGGCUCCACAAGGCCCCAAAGAAGGAGCCCUGGGGCUGCCUCGAAGCCUCUGUCAUGUUCAACCUCUUCCGUCUCCUCACCAAGGACUUGACGUGUGUGGCCAGUGGAGACCUGUGUGUCUGA